UCGUUUCCUGUCAUUGCUUGGUAACAAUGGGGAAGAUAAUGGCUGCUUAAGCUACGCCUCAGAGCAAACGCUGGGCAAGAGGCGGGUCUCCACUGGCCACUCGGUCAGAGGCGGGCUUGAGAGCUGCUGCCGGGAAGACGUCCAGAAACCUAAGUGGCGUUGGGUCGAGCUGAGAGUGUCCGCUCCUGAGCCUCAGACCGGAACAGAGUGAAGAAACUAAAAUCCAGUUUGUGUUUCAAUACUAUGUCAUAACAGUCAGGUAAUUUUCCACUUGUUCAUCAAGAUGGAAAACUCAGAUUCUAACGAUAAAGGAAGUGGUGACCAGUCUGCAGCACAGCGCAGAAGUCAAAUGGACCGCCUCGAUCGGGAAGAAGCUUUCUAUCAAUUUGUAAAUAAUCUUAGUGAAGAAGAUUAUAGGCUUAUGAGAGAUAACAAUUUGCUAGGCACUCCAGGUGAAAGUACUGAAGAAGAGUUGCUGAGAAGACUACAGCAAAUUAAAGAGGGUCCACCUCCUCAAAACUCAGAUGAAAAUAGAGGUGGAGAAGCUUCAGAUGACGUAUCUAAUGGUGACUCUAUAAUAGACUGGCUUAACUCUGUUAGACAAACUGGAAAUACUACAAGAAGUGGGCAGAGAGGAAACCAGUCUUGGAGAGCAGUGAGCCGGACUAAUCCAAACAGUGGUGAUUUCAGAUUCAGUUUAGAGAUAAAUGUUAACCGUAAUAAUGGAAGCCAAAACUCAGAGAUUGAAAAUGAGCCAUCCACAAGACAUUCUAUUGGAGAAAAUACAGAAAACAAUAGCCAAAGGCAAGUGGAAAAUGCACAGUCUGAAUCAACAUCUGGAAGACCAUCUAGGUCAGAACGAAAUUCAACUGAAGCAUUAACUGAAGUUCCACCUACCAGAGGUCAGAGGAGGGCAAGAAGCAGGAGCCCAGACCACCGGAGAACCAGAGCAAGAGCUGAAAGAAGCAGGUCACCUCUGCAUCCAGUAAGUGAAAUUUCACGAAGAUCUCAUCAUAGUAUCUCAUCUCAGACUUUUGAGCACCCUUUGGUAAACGAGACUGAGGGAAGUUCCAGAACCCGGCACCAUGUGACAUUGAGACAGCAAAUAACCGGACCCGAAUUGCUAAGUAGAGGUCUUUUUACAACUUCUGGAACAAGAAGUGCCUCUCAGGGGGCAGGUUCUUCAGACAUAGCCACCAGUGGUGAAUCUACAGGACCGGGACAGAGGCCUCCAACCAUAGUCCUUGAUCUUCAAGUAAGAAGAGUUCGUCCUGGAGAAUAUCGUCAGAGAGAUAGCAUAGCCAGCAGAACUCGGUCAAGGUCUCAGACACCAAAUAACACUGUCACUUAUGAAAGUGAACGAGGAGGUUUUAGGCGCACAUUUUCACGGUCUGAACGUGCAGGCGUGAGAACCUACGUUAGCACCAUCAGGAUUCCGAUUCGUAGAAUCUUAAAUACUGGCUUAAGUGAGACUACAUCUGUUGCAAUUCAGACCAUGUUAAGGCAGAUAAUGACAGGUUUUGGUGAGCUAAGCUACUUUAUGUACAGUGAUAGUGAUUCAGAGCCUAGUGCCUCAGUCCCAAGUCGAAAUGUGGAAAGGGUAGAGUCACGGAAUGGAAGAGGGAGCUCUGGUGGUGGUAGCAGUUCUGGUUCCAGUUCAAGCUCCAGUUCCAGUCCUAGUUCCAGUUCCAGUGGAGAAAGUUCAGAAACUAGCUCUGAGGUGUUUGAAGGCAGUGUUGAAGGAAGCUCAUCAGGUGCCAGGCGGGAGGGUCGACACAGGGCUCCAGUUACAUUUGACGAAAGUGGCUCUCUGCCCUUCCUUAGCCUGGCUCAGUUUUUCCUCUUAAAUGAGGAUGAUGAUGACCAACCUAGAGGACUCACCAAAGAACAAAUUGACAACUUGGCAAUGAGAAGUUUUGGUGAAAACGAUGCAUUAAAAACAUGUAGUGUUUGCAUUACAGAAUAUACAGAAGGCAACAAACUUCGUAAACUACCUUGUUCCCAUGAGUAUCAUGUCCACUGCAUUGAUCGCUGGUUAUCUGAGAAUUCUACUUGUCCUAUUUGUCGCAGAGCAGUCUUAGCUUCUGGCAACAGAGAAAGUGUUGUGUAAUUAUGAUCUGAACUCUAAGCUGUGUAGCUGGAAUAGUGAUGGGCAAACCGGACUCGCUUGUUUUUGUCCACUUUUUGAGUGGUGGUUCAAUGUAAAGUGACAACCUGAGUUCAAUCAUUGCUUUCUAAAGAAACCUUGUCCAUUUUCAAAUGUUUCUUAUAGAAUAAAAGAAAAUAUUUAAAAGGCAAUGUUUUAGGGCUUAAAAAUUUGAUUUCAAUAGCAAAUGGUUUGAUAGUUUCUGUUACUGAUAAUUUAGUUACAUACACUCAUAAGUUUUUCCCUUUGUUACCUUAAAAGAUCUACUUUAGCAACGGUUCCCAUCUGUUUCAUGUUGAUAUUUUACAGAUUGCCACAUCAUAGAGAAGCAAAGAAAAUUCCUGGUGAAGGCUAAGUUACAGUAUGUGUUUCACAUUUGGUUACUUGGCUAUGCCAUUUUCAGCUAUUAGUUGACACUUAAGUAAAUCACUUUCUGAAUAUUGUUUAUUCACCUUUCAGACUAGGUGAUGCUGGACACGUCAGUGUAAAUAACACUAAAGUUAGGAUCUUGUAAGUGUAUAACUGUCCUCAGCCCAUCACUGUGGCACACUGUAGAAGGACUUAUAGUUUAAUUGAGCUAUUUAUCUUGUGGAAAUAUUAAAAAAGCUUAUGCUUGUGUAAGUGAAAAAACCACAUUCAUUUGUUUAAAAUUAUGUAAAGCUAUUUUGUAGAGGCUCAGUACUUUUCCAAUGCACUGUUAUAUUAAUGCAUUAAAAAUUGUAAAGUACCUUGCUUAGAAAUGAGAAAACUGCUUUUUGUGAGCCAACAUAGUCAAAACAAAACACACCAAACAAAGUACGAAGCUGCUUUUGUAAGUGUGUAGAUGUCAAGAGCAGAACAUAUCUAUAUUUAAUAUAUCUGAACAGCUACAGUGACAUGGAAAAGAAGAAUUGUGCAGAAUCAAACUGCAUUAAAGAUCAAUGGAAAGCAUAUCAUUUAACUUGGAUUUAGGCAGAAGUGAAAGAUGAGAGAAGAGAAAACUGCUCUGAAUUUUUCAUGAAGAUCUUAAUACAUAUAUGAAGUGGUUUCAUAUAUGAGAGCAGUAGCAGCUUGAACCUAGUAUUCUUCUUGAGUAGGUGAGGCAGAUCAGCAAAUUUGUCAGUGCUUUAUUAGGUUUAAGAAAGGUCACUACCACGUAGCACAAGUUGAUUUUUUUUUCAAGGCGGCUGCUCAAAAAAGGUGUGGUAAAGAGACAGAAAGUCACUUUUAACAAGAAUUGCAGUUGGUACAGAUUUAUUUGUGUGCUAAUUGUUAAGCCUUAGAUUUGCUUUUCAGGAUUUAUAGUGCAAGGUACUACUGCACACCUGUUAAUAUUUCAUUACUAUCUAGCACAGAUCUAACAUGUCACAUUUAAAGACCUGUUGAGAGGGGAUCUUUAGAGAGAACUCUUGGUAAGGAUAUCUUUAAGGACAAAACGUUGUUAAAAAUGAACCAUGUUGGGUUAAUUGAAAUUCCAAGUUUAAUUGUGCUGCCCAUAUAUCAAGAUGACACUGCUAAUAACACCAUCUAUGGACUGCAUUUUGUUUUCUUAGUAGUAAGAAUGCAUUCAUGAUGACCCCAGUCCUCUUGCCUAAUUUCUCUUUUGAGGCUAGUUGGGGUUAGGAUUAAUCUGGAUGUGGAGCAGAUACUUGUUUUUCUGGGAAAAGCUAACCACAGGUCAGAAGAGGAAUUGAACACAUCCUAGGCCUUUAACCAAAAGAGCUAACUACCCAGAAGUAGUCAAAUACUCUACACACUAAAACAAGUCUGCUCUAGCAAAUUAUCUGGCUACUGUCACUGCUACCACCGUAGCUGUAAAGAUUAUUUCAAAGCUCAUUUUUUCAUGUUUUCUAGCUUUCAAUCCUACCUAAGUAUCAAGGAGAUUUGACUUGUAAAUAUGGUAGUUGUUUACUAAGGAUAUGUACUGCUCUUGCAAGAAAAUAAUGUCCAAACAAAGCUUCACUUAUUUUUUUUAAUAUAAGCAGAUUUCACUGUUUAUGGCGCUUAUGUAAUACAUUUAUCUUUCUAAAAGAAUUGUUUGUGUAUAAGCCAGGAUUCCUUUAUAUUUGUGAGCCUCCUUGUCCCCUUUCCUAAGGUAUAAUGGUUUCCAGAUCUACGGGGUAGUCCCGAUUGACUAAAAACAAAUCAAUUUGGACAUGUUUCAUUAUUAUAGGGUUAUUCAUUUUAAAACAACUGCAGCACAUUGUAAGUAUAAAAGAAAGCUGUUGACAACAGGUACCUCCCUAACCUCCCAAAAUUUAUGAAGUAUUCAAGUAAGAGGUAACUCAAGCAGAAUGCUGGUUUUGAAUGUAGAUGAUGAAGCUAUUAAUAAACACUGGAAGUAAAACCUUUUAAGUUUUUAAGUCUUUCAGUAGGAUGCACAUAAUUGAUUUGUGCACACGGACACCUGUUUCAAUAGCACUCAUAUCUAUUGGAUUGUGUAGAUUGCUACUUUUUGUUUUGCAAAGUCCAUGACUGAUACAUACUCACUAGUAUUGUGGACAUUAAAGACAAGGUCAUUUGUACAUGUCAGAUAUACGAUGGGAAACAAAAUUUUUCCCCCACUAGUGUCCAAACACCUAUUCUUGAGGGAACAUUUUCUUGCAAAAGACUUUACAUUUCAUUUUUUUAUCUUUGCACUUUUUAUUAUGGAAAAGUUCCGUCUUUAAAACCUAGUUUGAACUUCAUGCAGUAAUAGGAGCAAAAAAUAGACAAUUUUGGGAGAUUACAUUGUUCAAAGCAUUGUUUAUAACAUAGGAAAGUAUUAAAAGCUGAAUUUCAUUGAAUAUUUUUGAUGGUUUUAAAAAUUGGCUUACUAGUGUGAAACAUUUGCAGUGGGUUUUUUUGUUGUUGCUGUUUCACUUUAAGCUGACAUGGUUGAGCUAAGUACUAGAAAAAAAAUUGAACAAGUUAGAUUUAAGUUUGUGAUUAUGUUAACACUUGUAAGAGUUGUGUUGCUAAUUUGGCGUAAAAAUGAUAGUUAUACCUCAAUGGUGUUAAUGGAGAUAGAAAUUGAGAAAACUGUUCACAUUAGUGUUGGAUGUAGUCUACUGUACAGUUCAUUAAAAGAAAAAAAAAAACAACCAAACCUUUAGCUCCAGGAACCUGCUACACACAGUCUUUAAGAAUAUGAUCAUUUGAAUUUAUUCAGACAUUAAGAUUAGGAAACUGGUUAGCUGUGUUAUCUCAAAUAAUGUGCUCCCCACCCCUCUGGGAAAAUGUCCUUUUUGUGCCAAGUACUCUCUCCUAUUGUCUGUGUCUCAUUGAUGAAGGGUUAUCGUUUACUAUGCUUUGUGUAUAACCACCUGCUUCCCAAGUAUCCACCGCAGAAAAUGGGUUGACCAUCAGUUGACUUUCAGUAUGCUUCCCAAACACUCAUGUGAUAGGAGGUAAAUGUUGCAAAAUGCCUCUUGCCAGGGCUGUUCUUAACAGCUUGCUAGAAUACAGUGGCACCUUGUGGUUGUUACUUUUAUUUUACAGAUGGGAUGGUAUUUUUGUCCACUCUGAUUUUUUUUUGGGGGGGUGAACAGAAGUAAUUUGGAAUUUGCCUUAUUUGAAUUUUUUUAAGUUUUCCCAUUAUGAAUAGAAGCCAAGCUUGUAGGGCACUUUUUUUUUACUAGUCUCAUGAGACUAUACUGAUCACUACUUUCUGAAGUAUUCUGUACCUUAGUAAUAAAAGGUUAAUAAGGCAUGUGUUAAAAUGUUCCUAUGUUCCUCUUCCUUUGGUAUAAUUCUUCAGUAUGUUUAAUAUUGAGUAACAGUGUUAUAAUUCAUUGAGUUAACUAGUAAAUUGUUUUUUUCUAAAACAUUUGGAAAUGUAAACUGAUGUAACAUGCUUCAGUUGGAAAAGUGUGAGGUCUAAGGAACUAGUGUCCAUUCAUUUUGGAAAGCAACUGUAAACAGCUGUGAGUUAAAUGCCUGUUCAUGUUUUUAGCAUUCUGAAGUUAAGAAUUCCCAAGUAGGGACAUUUAAAAAUAUUGUCUACUCAUUUAACCCUAAUUUGUAUCUAAAAGUCCACAGCAUAGGUUAGAACUGUUACCAGGGUGAUAGAACUUAAGAGAAUAAAAGAACUAGGCAUGUCAUUGACACUCAAUUAUAGUGAUGGAUUUGGUUUUGAUUAGGACUUUUUAGAGUUCCACAAGCUGCUGUGUAGUCAUUUGGUUGAAUAGUAGUUAUCUUAAAGACAUGCAGUGAAAGUGAACUCCAUCAUGCCACUGUGCCUUGUUAUUUCAAGGUUCCUCUCAAUUUCUGAUCUUGCAUAUCAAUCCUAAUAGCAAGUUAUGGCUGAACCAGUUGCCCAGCCUUAUGUAUUUAGUGCCCUGUUAGUAACGUUCUUUUAAUUGACUUGAUUUGCAGCUGUGUUAACUGUCCAAUGUUUGGAUUUUACCUCUUGAUAGCUCCAUUUGUACCUGGUGCUGCUUUUAAAGAUGUUAGGGCCAUGUGAUCAGAUAUCAAGUUGAGUAAGGUACGCAAUUGGCCUGGGUAUGUAUCUGUGCCUGUUUAUCUUCUCCCAGGAAGAGAGCUGCUUUGGUAGAUGUUUACGUGGAUUCAUGAAAAGAACUGGGCAGCAGUCUUGGAAAGCUUUCUGAUGCCUGUAAGAACCUAAAGGGAUUUGGAAGGAGAAUAAUAACAAAGGCUGCCUUUGUGUCCUUGAACAUGAAGCACAGAAAUGUAUGCUUUGUAAAGACUAAAGUGAUUGUUAUACCAGGGCUUCCUGACCUCUGGGAGAGAAACUUCUCAAAAAAAUGGGAGAGGAGCACAAAAUGAAAUCUGCUUUAUCUGGUGUCUCAUUUUCUUUCGAUCUAAACCUGAACACAACACCCUUCUCCAAAAUAUAUCCAACAAAACUCCUGGUUAGGAAGCCCUGUAAUUAAAUUUUGAGAAUGUAUCAAUUUUCCUUUUUUGUACAGUGCUUUACACCUGCUAAAAAUAACUUGUUUAAUGCGAAACAAGACCUUGAAAGGUCAUUUAAAAAAGUCAGUUUGAUAAUUAAUAGUUCUUUUAGGAAGAAGCUUUUUCCCUAUGUAAGAUGUCAUACUGCAGAUUUAAAAUAUAGACUAUCAAUAAAAUGCAUGAAGUGAUUAUUUGUGCUUUUUCAUCUCUCCUUGGGAUUUUCUUUUAUUAAAGGGGGACUUUAAUAAAGGUUUUAUAUGUUUUUAUUGCUUCGGGCCAAUGUCACACAGACUUGAUAUUUUCGAAUCAAGUGGAAUUUCCAUGCAACCUUGAUUUUAAUUUCCCCUCUGCUAUGAGUGUGGACGGGUACCAUUUUUGGGGACUUCUUAAAUUUUAUCUGUUGUGUAGUUGAAUGGCUUAAUCUCUGGUAAAAUAAAAGAUUGUAUUCCAAGAA